CAGGGGGUUCUUUUACCUUGACAUUAAUGCAAUAUGCGCGUUAACGUUUAUAUGAACCAGCCAAAGUACAACGAAUAGUCAUCCUUAAAAUAUAACUUCGUUUUACCAAUGCAUGUUAGAUUUCGCUGUUAGCAAUACUGUUGCGAUGACCGAUUUUACAUUAACAUUGUGUGCAUAAUCCACUCGCAGUAUAGUAUAUAGGUAUAUCUAGGUGAAAAUCGUCCGGCGUUCAUACGAGCUUCGAGUGUCUAGACAUGCGGGGCGAAGUGCGGGACGGUAUAGGUACCAAGCUGGCGACAGUCGCUCGGGACAUUUACUCAGGGAGUCACGCAGAUUCAAUUCGAAUUUUAACACUUUUUGUAACAUGGUUAAAACUACAUGCGCCGUAAGAGGUUGUUACUCAUCUUCAUACAUUCAUAAGGAUUUGAUGUUUCAUCAAUUACCACGCACAGAAGAGAGAUGUAAACUAUGGGCCAAAGCAUGUGGAAGAGCCGAUUUACUUAAAAUGUCUAUGAAGAGUCUGAAGAAUACUUACAUUUGCAGCUUACACUUUGGGUCUUACAUGUACGGAAAAAGGACUUUGAAGAAAUCAGCUGUGCCGUUGUUACGGAUACCAACCGACAAGGAAUCAUGUACGAGAUCUACACAAACAAAAAUUGCAAAUACCACAUUGAAAACAGAAUUGUGUAUAAAACUUAUACAUGACGACAAUGGUAAUUUAAUGGGGUCUUCAGAACAUCUUAAUAAGGAUUAUAGUAAAACGCCGACAACAACAGAUUGCACUCUUAAAAGUAAGGCAGAAGACGAAGUUGAUGUGACAUGCAAGAUAGAAUUACCCGAUAAAAAUAGUGAUAUUACGGAGGAACAAUUUUUGAAAGGUUGCGAUAAAUUUUUGCCAGAGAAGUUAAGUGCCUACGUAAAGACUCAAGUAUAUUUUAAAAUGCACAGUAAAAACGACACUCCAAAGAUUAUGAAUUAUUUUGAAUAAUCUACAGAACCCCAGCAGAAUCUAUACCUUUAUGGAGUACUUAUUAAUUGUAUUGACGAGGCCAUGUACAAUCAGCAAAGACCAACUUGGAUUAUACCUAAGUACAGAUUAGUGGCAACACACUUCGAACGGUGAGAUAGG